UAAGUUUGUGCUUGGGUUCUUCGCAUGGCGAGUCCUGAAAGGGCGCCUGACAAUUCAAUCGAAAAUAUGAUGCAGGUUCCGGGUCAUUCACGAUGUUUGGUAGAUAGUGGGUUCGCCUAUAUUAAAAAGCCGAACAGACGCUCGGACUGUGACAUCAUUCAGCAGCUAGAUGAUAUUGUCAACAAGUCGUCUACUGCAAACGAGGCUGUCCGAUAUCCGACCUGGCGCUGGCGUGGUUGGAAUACUUUCUUGUCUACAUCUUUUAAAGCAAUACCCGGGAUAAGAAAGUACCAGUACUUCAGGUUCGACUCAUCGAGGCCCGGCACGGUUUUCGCGAAGAAAGCAACGGACCUACCAGAUGAAGAGUUCUUCAUCAUGAAACACAGGAAACUCCCCUCAGCAGAACCGUGCUUAAUUAAACCGGCAGGGCUAUCAGAGAAUCGCGUGAAAUAUCUUUACAGAACUGUCCGACACCCACAGACUGAUUGCAUGUGAUUACAUCAUGUAUUCGAACAUCAACCUAAACAGUUAUUUUAAUCCAUGCCCGUGUAAAUGCAGGGUUUUCCAACAAGUUAUUGUAAUAUUUGAAUUAGUGUUUGAUAUUGCGAACUAUUUACAUGCUGUUAACGUCAUGAAUAUGUCAUUCCGAUUGAGAAUGACGCGACGUCAACAUCUUUGUUGCGUGAUAGUAUGCGUAUAUAAUGUUGUAAUAGCAACGCUAAAUAGUGGCGUACACAUGUAAUUUAUACAUCAUUGGAUUCGUGGAUGAACGUACAAUAUGAAACUGAAAAAAACGAAAAAUUGAUUUUUUUGUCAUUAAUGCAGGUUUUGUCGUGGAACGGCU